UACUCUUGUUUAUAUAUUUAGAAAAUGUUCAACAAUAUUUUGUAUAUUUUCUAUUAAGAAACGUUAUAUAAUAUGAAUCAUCGCUGGAUCGUAGUAUUUGGCAUAUCACUGUAAGACUCACUGCAUACUCUGUACGAAAUGUCACAAAAUAUAAUCAUUGCUUUAACUUUAUCACUCACGAGAUUUUAACUAGAGUUGAUAUAACAAGAAGAUGCUCAGAUAUAGAGGAAAGAAGAAUGUUAUAGACAAAGUGAAGGAAUUCGAUGCAUUUCCCAAAGUUCCGGAGGAAUACGUCGACAGCACUCCGGUCGGCGGAACGUUUUCCGUUAUCACAUUUUUUAUUAUACUGUGGUUAAUUUAUAGUGAAGUCACGUACUAUUUGGAUAGUAAUUUAGUUUUUAAAUUCUCACCUGACACUGAAAUGGACGAGAAAUUGAGGAUAAACAUUGACAUAACGGUCGCAAUGCCGUGUUCAAACAUUGGCGCUGAUAUUUUGGACUCUACGUCGCAAAGCGUGUUCGGUUUCGGCGAAUUGACUGAAGAAGACACGUGGUUCGAGCUUACACAAGAGCAGCAAGAUGCAUUCGAAGCAGUUAAGUACUUAAAUUCAUAUUUAAGGGAGGAGUACCAUUCAGUAUGGCAAUUAUUGUGGAAAAAGGGCCAUGGAUCUGUUCGAGCUACUGUGCCAGCGAGGAAAACGAAGCCAAAUAGAAGACCAGACGCAUGCAGACUACACGGUAUACUUACUUUGAACAAAGUAGCUGGCAAUUUUCAUGUAACUGCCGGUAAAAGUUUACACUUGCCCCGUGGCCAUAUUCACUUGAACAUGCUGUUCGAUGACACACCACAGAACUUCAGUCAUAGAAUACACAGAUUCAGCUUCGGCAGUCCUGCGAAUGGAAUAAUAUACCCGCUGGAAGGUGACGAGAAAAUUACUAAUGACGAAAACAUGUUGUAUCAGUACUUUAUUGAAGUCGUACCAACAGAUGUAGAUACAGCAUUUGAAUCAAUCAAGACUUAUCAGUACUCUGUUAAAGAGUUAAAAAGACCAAUCAGUCAUUCACAAGGCUCCCACGGAGUCCCAGGGAUUUUCUUCAAAUAUGAUAUGGCGGCAUUGAAAAUUAAUGUUUACCAAGAAAGAGAAAACUUCCUUCAGUUUAUUUUAAGACUGUUCUCUAUUAUAGGGGGUAUUUACAUCAUUGUAGGUUGCUUUAAUGCUGUAGUAUUAAAAGUACAAAAUCUAUUUAUUAAGAAAGCAGCGCCGUCAGAGUUAAAUCAUGCUCCAACGUUUGAAAAAAGACCCGUUCAAUUAAAUCCGUUGCUAAUGCAGACGGACCUGAAUGUUCCUUUAGGGAUAGUGAAGCAAUGAUAGCAAAAUAAUCUUAGGUGUAAGUUUAUGUGCGAAUUGAAAUUUGUAUAUAAGAGAUUCUUUUUGUCUAGUUAAUGUAAAAGUGAGAUGCAACAUAACUUUUAUUCUUAACACAUUCACUGCCAACAUUUUCAUAGUGCUAUGCUCGUAGCCGUUCCCAGCGUUUUCCCGCUUUAUAUAGGAAAGCGACUGAAGCCGUCGCCUGGCACUCAAUGUGUUAUUAAGUUUAAACGUCAAAGAAUUAAUGUCAAUUCUUAAAGAUUACAAAAAUGAAGAAAUUGAUAUAUUAGGAUAUAAAGCUUAGAAUAAAUUUAAAAGUGGAAAAAGUGGAAUAUUAGGAUAUAGUCAACAAAUUAUGCAUUUUUGAGUAUUGACAUCUUAAACCCUUUUUUUUUCGUUUGGCUUUUUGUGUUACUCUACUUCAGAGAUUAAACCCUUAAACCUUUUCUUUUAAACCCUUUGAACGCCAAAUACUUCAACUGAUGCACGCUCAAUAUAAACCUACGAGCAUUCUGACAAUUCACGAUGACGUGCUGCCACAGAAUAAUAAAUAGUACUAGGUACAGAAGAUUCACUCUCUAACAAAACGCGUCUAUUACGACAGAUAUGGCCGCUAGGUGGCGCAAGCGCGAGCAGGCGUCCGUUCCGUAGCGGUGCGCGGCAACUACUAUGGCUAGACACCAAAUUUGGUGUGAGCCGCAUGUACUUGUAGCGACGCGACGAAAUCCCGGAGUGAGCCACUCCUGGCGCCACAUACGCCAGUUGGCGUUCUAAGGGUUUAGCGAAGAUUGUACAUUGUACAACCAAUUUUCGACAUGUUUUAAAAUAAAAUCCAUAUUAUUAUAUGGCAGCAGUUUGUUGUGAUUUUGCAUACCACUUUGUACUAGUGUUAUCAAGGUAUGCUUACGAUUACUGAGUAAUUGCUAAAACCAUAAAAUGAUAAAAACCCAUUUGUUUACAUGUGAAAAUUGUUAUAAAACUAGAUUCAGUGAAACUACUUUGCUUAUUAGAGUUUUGAAUGAUUCACGGUUAGUUUCACUAGACUUAUAUUGACCGGGAUAUAGACCGUGAUUACCUUUUGUAUUAUUUGUGAGCUCCCGAUAUUUCGACGCAGUUACAUGCAUCAUGUUCACGGGUGACAUACAAAAUAAUACAAAAGGUAAUUACGGUCUAUAUCCCGGUCAAUAUAAGUCUACUUUGCUUAUAUUAAUAAGUUUGUAUGAAUUUUUUAUCAUAUUAUGUAGUAAAAAAAACACAUUUUAGGCGCCAUUCAUUUAUUACGUAAGACGAUUUUUGCCAGAUGUUCACCCCCACCCCUAUGUAAGAAAAAAUAAGAAUAGGCCGACCCCCAACAUCCUGUUUAAUAUUUAUUACUUAAGAAUCUGAAGGAAAAAUUAUUACACAUCGAGUUAAUUUUUAAUUAAAUUUUCAAAAAAACUAUUUUAGGAACUUUUACUUUGUACCUGCAAAAGUACAAAAAAGUUUUUUUUGGCAAUAAUCAACUGGGUUUAUUUUCUCGCACGGAUGCACGCGCUUUUUCGAAGUAUAAUCUUUACUUGCGCAUUUUUGUGAUCUUACGUAAGAACUAUCAAGACAUCUCACCCCCUGUAAGAAAAAAUAAGAUACGGUCGACCCCCCUUCCCUCCUAAAUUGUCUUACUUAUAAAUGAAUGGCGCCUUACCUAUUAAGUUCUAUAACAGUUACUAAUAAGAUCAUACUCGUAUGUCCAAACAUUACAAACAAAAUGGAGUAUUAUUAAUUAUUACCUAAGCGAACAACUCGCGAACGCAAAGCGGCGCGGCGCGGCGGGCCCAGAGAUCGCCCACGUCGCUUCGCGUUCGCGUGUUGUUCGCCUACGUAGUACGCUGCGUAAGUAAUGCGCCUAGGUAUUUAAAUUUAAUAUGAAUUUAUUGCUUUUAUCUAUGUUAAUGAUUGGUCAAGCUUAUUAGCAACAAUGACUUCCAGGUUUUGUAAAAUGUUGUUUACUAUCCUCAUGCCGCCCAAUGUACAUUAUGAUGUACAUUCCGUUUCAAUGCAAUUUCAACGUUCAUAUAAAAACAAAGUAGCAUUUCUUUUGUCUCAAAAUUUUCGAACAAAUGAAAUUCAACCCAAUUAAAAAUUACGAUGUACAUUCCAUUUCAAUGGAAUUUCAACGUUCAUAUAAAAAAACAAAGUAGCAUUUCUUUUGUCUCAAAAUUUUCGAACAAAUGAAAUUCAACCCAAUUAAAAAUUACGAUGUACAUUCCAUUUCAAUGGAAUUUCAACGUUCAUAUAAAAAACAAAGUAGCAUUUCUUUUGUCUCAAAAUUUUCGAACAAAUGAAAUUCAACCCAAUUAAAAAUUACGAUGUACAUUCCAUUUCAAUGGAAUUUCAACGUUUAUAUAAAAAAACAAAGUAGCAUUUCUUUUGUCUCAAAAUUUUCGAACAAAUGAAAUUCAACCCAAUUAAAAAUUACGAUGUACAUUCCAUUUCAAUGGAAUUUCAACGUUUAUAUAUAAAAACAAAGUAGCAUUUCUUUUGUCUCAAAAUUUUCGAACAAAUGAAAUUCAACCUAAUUAAAAAUUACGAUGUACUUACAUUCCAUUUCAAUGGAAUUUCAACGUUCAUAUAAAAAAACAAAGUAGCAUUUCUUUUGUCUCAAAAUUUUCGAACAAAUGAAAUUCAACCCAAUUAAAAAUUACGAUGUACAUUCCAUUUCAAUGGAAUUUCAACGUUCAUAUAAAAAACAAAGUAGCAUUUCUUUUGUCUCAAAAUUUUCGAACAAAUGAAAUUCAACCCAAUUAAAAAUUACGAUGUACAUUCCAUUUCAAUGGAAUUUCAACGUUUAUAUAUAAAAACAAAGUAGCAUUUCUUUUGUCUCAAAAUUUUCGAACAAAUGAAAUUCAACCCAAUUAAAAAUUACGAUGUACAUUCCAUUUCAAUGGAAUUUCAACGUUUAUAUAUAAAAACAAAGUAGCAUUUCUUUUGUCUCAAAAUUUUCGAACAAAUGAAAUUCAACCCAAUUAAAAAUUACGAUGUACAUUCCAUUUCAAUGGAAUUUCAACGUUUAUAUAAAAAAACAAAGAAGCAUUUCUUUUGUCUCAAAAUUUUCGAACAAAUGAAAUUCAACCCAAUUAAAAAUUACGAUGUACAUUCCAUUUCAAUGGAAUUUCAACGUUUAUAUAUAAAAACAAAGUAGCAUUUCUUUUGUCUCAAAAUUUUCGAACAAAUGAAAUUCAACCCAAUUAAAAAUUACGAUGUACUUACAUUCCAUUUCAAUGGAAUUUCAACGUUCAUAUAAAAAACAAAGUAGCAUUUCUUUUGUCUCAAAAUUUUCGAACAAAUGAAAUUCAACCCAAUUAAGAAUACAACUAGAUUCAAAUUUCUCUAGCAAUAAUUUUGUAUGGUGGGCGGCACGAGGCUAUAGAUAGGUACCUUAGCCUUAGUUAACAAAUCAAAAGAUCUGAGGGCCUACCGCGAAAACCGAAAUUCGCAAAUUGCGGUAAUCUUUCUCUUACUCCAAUGAAGGUGUAAUUAGAGUGACAGAGAAAGAUGCCGGCAAUUUGCGAACUUCGAUUUUCACGUUUGUAGCCCUGCAGAUUUAGAUACGAAGUUAAGUAAAAUAGGUAAAUUUUUGUAAUUCCAUUUUUCAUAUUUAUGUACAUAUUUUAUUACGACCUUGCUUAUUGCUUUGCAUUGUUUAAAUAUAUGAACAGGUGACUAAAUGUUACCAGUUUUAUCAAUAUAAAUGUCCCCAUUAAAAUUUGGGCCACC